GUGGGCGGUCCAGUUGUGUCGUUCCAUGAGAGUCUCCAAUGCUAACCCCCCCUGCUUCCUCCGCAGCGCUUCGACCUCGGCUCACGAGUCGCCGUGUCAGCGCGACGGGCUCUGUACUGCUGCACCUACCGAAUCCCCCCCCAAGAAGUACCAGAACCAACCUCGUGCCUGUCCUUUGUGCCGUCUUCCUCGGCGUAGCAACGACGAAGGGACGCUUCUCUUCUCGGAUUUCUUCUUAAAACCUCUCCAUCUAAACUCUCCUCCUCCCCACAACCUUCUCUCCCCCCCAUCCAUCCUCUUCGUUUGUACUCCAUACCUGUUCUCUGGAGCGCAUCAGCACACAUUAACCAAAAUGGCACCAAGAGUUAUCGUCGUCGGCGGUGGUCUGUCCGGCUUGAGUGCUGCCCAUACCAUCUACCUCGCUGGAGGCAACGUCGUCGUCCUUGACAAGCAGGGCUUCUUCGGUGGCAACUCCACAAAGGCCACUUCCGGCAUCAACGGUGCCUUAACCCGGACGCAGGUCGAUACCGGCAUCGCCGAUAGCGUCAAGCAGUUCUACGAUGACACUUUGAAGUCUGCGCGUGACAAGGCUCGUCCUGACCUGAUCAAGGUCCUUACCUACAAGUCCGCCGCCGCCGUUGAGUGGCUUCAGGAUGUUUUCAACCUAGACCUUACCCUCGUCUCGCGGUUAGGAGGUCACUCCCAGCCCCGUACCCACCGUGGACACGAUGCCAAGUUCCCCGGUAUGGCCAUCACCUACGCUCUGAUGCAGAGACUUGAGGAGCUCGCCGAGACUGAGCCCGGCCGUGUCGAGAUCAUCAAGAAGGCCCGCGUCACCGGUCUGAACAAGGACGGCAACACCGUCACCGGUGUUACAUACGAGUUCAAUGGAGAGGAGCAGAAGCUUGAUGGUCCCGUCAUCCUCGCCACCGGUGGUUACGCCGCCGACUUCGGCGAGACCUCUCUGCUCAAGAAGCACCGUCCUGAUACCUACGGCCUCGCCACCACUAACGGCACCCACGCCACUGGUGACGGCCAGAAGAUGGUUAUGGCCAUCGGCGGUAACGGUAUCGACAUGGACAAGGUCCAGGUCCACCCAACUGGUUUGGUCGACCCCAAGGACCCCGGUUCCAAGUGGAAGUUCUUGGCUGCUGAGGCCCUCCGUGGUGAGGGCGGUCUCCUGCUUAACGCUGACGGCGACCGCUUCUGCGACGAGCUUGGCCACCGUGACUACGUCUCGGGUAUGAUGUGGAAGGAGAAGGAGAAGAACAAGUUCCCCAUCAGACUUGUUCUCAACUCCAAGGCUUCCAAGGUCCUUGACUUCCACACUCGCCACUACUCCGGCCGCGGCCUAAUGAAGAAGAUGACCGGCGCCGAGCUGGCCAAGGAGAUUGGUUGCAAGCCCGAGCACCUCCAAAAGACCUUCACCACCUACAACGCCAUCGCCGAAGGCAAGCAGAAGGACCCCUGGGGCAAGAAGUUCUUCCACAACCUUCCCCUCGACAUUAAUGACGACUUCCAUGUCGCGCUGAUGGAGCCUGUUCUCCACUUCACCAUGGGUGGUAUUGAGAUCAACGACAAGGCCCAGGUCCUCAACAGCGAGAAGAAGCCCUUUGACGGUCUGUUUGCCUGCGGUGAGCUUGCCGGUGGUGUCCACGGUGCCAACCGUCUCGGUGGUUCUUCCCUUCUCGGAUGCGUCGUUUAUGGCCGUGUGGCUGGUGACACUGCCAGCAACUACCUCUUCCAGCAAGCCCUCAGCGGCGCCGGAGGCGCUGCGUCUCGUCUCGGUCAGAUCUCUCUGCACAUUGACCCCUCGCAGCCCGGCCGUGUUACGAUCGACUGGAACAACGCCGGCGGCGCUGGCGGCCAGGAUAUCCCUGCUCAGCAGACCACCUCGGCCGCUGGCCCCACACCCGUUAAGGACGGUCAGAAGGCGUCCAAGCCCAACAACCCCAAGGAAUUCACGAUUCCUGAGAAGGAGUUCACUAUGGAGGAAGUUGCCAAGCACAACACCAAGGAGGACCUGUGGGUCGUUGUCAAGGGUGUUGUAAUGGACCUGUCCAACUGGCUCGAAGAGCACCCUGGUGGCCCCCAGGCUAUCAUGAACUUCAUGGGCCGUGACGCUACCGAGGAGUUCGAGAUGCUGCACGACGACGAGGUCAUCCCCAAGUACGCACCACAGCAGGUUAUUGGCCGUGUCAAGGGCCAGACGCCAAGUUUGGAGAUUUAGGCUGUAGGAUGAUCUAUGACGCGGGCACGAUGGAACUUGGCUUGGGUAAAACAGUGAUAACCGGAGUAAUGGGUGUGCAUUGGCGCACUUUUGAAUUUGGGCAUUUUUUUCAUAAGUAGACACUAUCUUGGGAUUGGGCU